AUGCGUACCAGACCUCCCUCACACCACAGACGACCAAGUCAAGAAGCCUUGACUCUUCGUAGACUAUCUACCAUAUCUGAAGAUACCUUGACGCCCAUCAAUGAGCCAUUCCAAUUCGAUACUGCAGAUGUAAUGGUGAUUUCCUCGGAUGGUUUGGGGUUUAAGGUACAUACAAGUAAAUUGGGUAGAUGUAGUCCUUCUCUACCUACUCCACCUUCCUCGCCCACCUCUCCAUGCACCUCCAAACUCGACCUACCCGAAAUCCACUUCGUUGACCCUCAAUUGGAAAACGGGAUAACCCUCUCUCUGUUCCUUCAUCUAACUUAUUCCCUUCCACUGCCCAUACCGACCUUGCCAGUAUACUUCAAAGCUUACGAAACCCUAGUGGACUUCCUGGUCAAGUGGGAAUGUGCAUUCCUCUAUCCGAUCUUAGGUAGCGCAGUGAAAGGUUGGGUAGCAGAUGGAUUGAUAUCUUCUUCGAAAGGGUUAAGGAUGGGUGAUGUACUGCGAAAUGAUAGGUUGAUGAUUGAGUCGAUUAAGAGGGGUGGGGAAUAUACGUGGACUGGGAAGGUUAUUGAGCAUCCAAGUAAGAAGAAGGACAAGGUCAGACCAACUUCGGAUGACCAGACAGGACAAUCCAGCUCUGAUCACUACUCAAACUCCAGCUGCUCGUCGUCUAAGGUGGAUCAACCUAGAUUUGAUAUACUGCGCGAUGGCUUGCCAGGCGAAGCGAGUUUGGUUUUGACCGCUGUACCAUACGAGUAUUUCGUAGCUUUGUCCGAUGAUGUCAAAUUUUCCCUAUUGAGAGCUAGUCGAGUGGGUGGAAAGGAUAGACAAGACGUGGAUUGGGAGAAAGUUGCAGUGGAAUUCCAACGUGUACUGGGGGAGCUACGUAAGCUCUAG